AUGAAAUUCUCACACUCGUUGAAGUAUAAUGCUGUACCGGAGUGGCAGGAUUACUAUAUCGACUAUUCUCAUUUGAAGAAACUCAUUUACUCUUUACAACAGCAGGAAUUGGACCAGUUGAAUGGGGGCUCUGAUAACAAGGCUGGAUCCAGCAGUAAGUCGAAUAAGCUUUCGUCGUUAAAGUUUUGGAAGAAAAAUGGGCUCGAGGACGAUUCCGAUACUGGCAUCGUUAGUGGUAGUGGAUUUGGUAAGAACAGUGGUGGUGAUGAUGAUGCUAACGUGGAAACUAUUGAAUUAGGUGAGUAUCCAAACACGAAGAAAAGUAGCAAGAGGAGUAAAUUUGGAUUCGAUUUCGAUAAGAGAUCGUCAGUGUCAAGUGAAAGAACCAUUUUCAAUUCUCAGGAUGUCUUCCUUGCUAAGUUGACCGAUGAAAAACGUAAGAUCGAUGAUUUCUACAAGAGACUUGAGGCAAAACUUUAUUCCAAGUUCGAAACUUUGACAAAAGACCUUGAAAAUGCUGGUUUUGCAAAUUUGCCUAAUCAUCUUUACAAUGAAGCUUUUGAAGCACAGUCAUUGAGCGGUGUUGCUACAAGGGUGAAGUCAAAUGAAACCGUGUUUUCUGGCAUUUCAAGAAGGUUAUCUGUGCACUCGCAGCGUGACCAUGGCGAUGAAGAAGACAGUGCCAUUGACGAGGAAGAAGAGGAAGAUGAUGAUGACCAUGUUCAGGACAAUACCGCAUUGUUAAACUACGCAGACUACAAUUUGAAAUCUCAAAAGAGAUCUAUCUUAAAGAAAAACGUCAUCGAUUUGUACGUUGACUUGGCCCAAUUAAAAUCUUUCAUCGAAUUGAAUCGUAUUGGUUUUUCUAAAAUCUCCAAAAAAUUCGACAAAGUAUUGAGUUGUAGCAUCAAAAGGGAUCUCAUUGAAUCUGGAGAAUUCUUCCAUGAUGCACAUAUCUUUUUGCCAGAUACUAUCACUGAACUAGACAACAAAAUUUCGCAUCUAAUUUCAUAUUAUGCUGUCAUUACCGACCAAGAAGAUGAUUUACAAACCGUAAAAGAUGAAUUAAGGUCUUACCUUCGUGAUUUCAUUGUGUGGGAAAGAAACACAGUUUGGAAAGACUUACUUGGUUUGGAAUCACAACAAAAUGAUUUCACUUCUGUUGGUAGACCAGCAGUUAACGGUGAAAUAAGUGCUUUGGAAAAUAUUACCCAUCUUGAGUAUUAUUCCUAUACACUACCGAAACCAAUCAAUAUAAAAUUCACUACUAUUGAAAAGUUAUCCAUACCAAAGUUAUUCUUCACUAUGAAGGCAUUGAAAAUUUACGUCAUUAUCAUAUUUACAAUAAUCCUUUUGGCAGUGCGGACUUUCCAUGACGAAGCCCAGCAUCGUUGUAUGGCUUUAGUCGAAUGUGUUGCUUUACUCUGGGCAACCGAAGCAAUUCCUUUAUUCGUUACUGCAAUGUUAGUUCCAUUGCUGGUAGUUUUAUUCAGGGUCUUGAAAACAGAUGCUGGUCAGGUCUUGAAUGCAGUGGAUGCAUCAUCGUUAAUUUUGAGCAAAAUGUGGUCUUCCACCAUCAUGGUUCUUUUGGCUGGUUUCACCCUUGCAGCUGCACUUUCCAAAUAUAAUAUUGCCAAGGUAUUAGCCUCUUAUUUGCUAACCGCAGCAGGUGUCAAGCCAAGAAAUGUUUUGAUUGUUGUCAUGGGAGUGGUGUUUUUCCUAUCUAUGUGGAUCUCUAAUGUGGCUGCUCCGGUCCUAACCUAUUCAUUGAUUCAAACUGUUUUGAGAACUCUUGAUAGUGAAGCUCCAUUCGCCAAGGCAUUGGUGCUUGGAGUUGCUUUGUCUGCAAAUGUUGGUGGUAUGGCCUCUCCCAUCUCUUCACCACAAAACGUUAUCGCCAUGGAUUAUUUGAAGGCAUAUGAUAUUGGCUGGGGUAACUUUUUUGCAGUAGCCAUUCCAGUAAGUAUUGUUGCUGUCUUUUUGAUUUGGAUAUUAUUAAUUUUAACUUUCAAGAUCAAUACCAGCACCUUAAAGCCAUACAAGCCAAUCAAAGAGCAAUUCACUCUAAAACAAUACUACAUCAUAGCCGUGACUUUAGCAACAAUUUUAUUGUGGUGUGUUCUAUCAAAAAUUGAAUCGGCUUUCGGUUCAGCUGGUCAAAUUGCAGUGAUUCCGAUUGUUUUAUUUUUUGGCACAGGACUUUUAACAACUCAUGAUAUAAAUAACUUCCCGUGGUCCAUUGUCAUAUUGGCCAUGGGUGGUAUCGCAUUAGGUGCUGCUGUUUCAUCUUCUGGUCUAUUGGGAACAAUCGCUGGUUCAUUACAAAAAAGGGUGAUGGAUUAUCCAACUUAUGCCAUUUUAUGUAUCUUUGGUAUUGUCAUGCUUGUUGUUGGUACUUUCGUAUCACAUACGGUUUCUGCUAUUAUUAUCAUUCCUCUCGUGCAAGAAAUUGGUGACAAAUUGCCAUCAGGUAAUGCAGCCCCUAUUCUUGUGUUUGGAUGUACGUUGCUAGCUUCCUGUGGUAUGGGUCUCGCUUCUUCAGGAUUCCCCAACGUUACUGCAAUUUCCAUGACUGACGAAGUUGGAAACAGAUAUCUAACCGUAAACAAUUUCAUUACGAGAGGUGUUCCAGCAUCUCUACUAGCAUUCAUCGUCGUCAUCACCAUUGGAUACGGUAUCAUGUCAUCAGUUCUACACGGGUAA